CUACUACUAGGAACAAGGACGCUACGAACGGGGCAAUCUCAUCGACUCGACUCGACUCGAUGGACAGUUCCCUCGUCCCUCGUGUCGCGGAUGGUGUUCCACCGAACCGGACGGACAGCGUCGGAUGUGAAGCGAACGUGUGAGUGAAGCGGGUGUGAAGCGGCUGCUGGGUGGUGCUUUCAUGCUGCCAAAUCCGUGGUGCUGGGUGUGUCGAAGAGCGAAAUGUCCGGCUGUUUGGAGUUGUCCAACCGUUUGGAAGUAGAUGACACAUCAUGACUCAUGAUGACACUAUGAUGUCUAUGAUACAUCACUAUACCAUAAUCUCAACGAAGGAUGUGUUGGAUUGAAUGUGUCACGGCCGAUUAGGGUUUAGGGUGCAUUUGCCCGGCCUCCCUUGUCAACCCUGAACCACGUCACUGUGUUGAGCGGCAGAGAGCUUUGUGUUGCGUUUGCUUCGACUGUCUCAAGAGACUCAAGAGCCGUGAGCCCAAACCCAGCAAGCGAGUGGGCCCAUGGGCACAGUCGCCAGCAAUUCCUGUUGCGAGGCGGACAAAGGAACCAACGAGGAGUUCUGCGUACCGAGGACUCACUGCUUCGAUGCGGAUGCAGACGAUUCCGCUGCCAUCUCUCCCAACCUAUCGCCCGGUGUGGGCCAUAUGUGGAGUGAAUCUUCGAUGCAAGUCGGCCACAAACGCUCAAGUGUUCUCACACCAGACUUGGAGAUCAUGCGGGGCAUCUCCUUGAGUAGUACCUUGAGCUCGGGGGGUCAUUUGUGGCGAUACUCGCCCAAGAAGUUCUCCACGGAACAACGAAUGGCCUUGUAUUCAAAAUCCAAGCCAGUGGAAAAGCUGGAUAUCUUCAUUUCUCACACCUGGUGGACGCCAGGAUGGCAAAAAGCAGCAGCCUUGUACCUUCAGACUGCCUGGCCCACUUUGUUGGUCUCCUGGCUACUGGCCAUUUCUGUGGCUUUUGUCCUCUCAGUGACUCGCAUACUGCCUAUGCCCUUCAUCUAUGAAGCCAACUUGGUGGGCUCCACAGCUCUUUGCCCUUUUGGAUGUUGGAUUCUCUGCUUUGGUAUCUUCCUCCCACUCUUGCUUUCCGCCGUGCUCCUGCACCUCAACUGUCACCGGUCUCCCCUGUGCUUUGUGGACGUCGCCUGCAUCCACCAGGAGGAUUCGCAUUUGAUGCGCCGCGGCGUUCAGGGCAUCGGAGGCUUUUUGGCUGCUUCUCGGGAGCUCCGGGUGCUGUGGAGCCCUCCCUAUUUGUCUCGACUUUGGUGCGUCUUCGAGUUAGCAGCGUUCUCAAAGGCCAACAGCAGCGGACAGAUUGUCCUCGCACCUCUCUUCGUGGAGACUUCGGUGUGGUGUUUGUGGGGCUUCCUUUGUGUGUCCAAUGUGCUUUUUUGGUUUGCACGCUCUGGACGGGGUGGCGCGAGCAUUCUGGCCUACUUCAUCGUUUUGGUGGUCAUAGGCCCGGCGACGCAUGGUUUGCGGAAGAGCUACUUAUCCAAACAAAGACUCCUCGAAGAUCUGAAGAAAUUUGAUUUGGACGAAGUGAAGUGUUACAGCGAAGCAGAUCGAGAGUUCAUCCAUUCGGCGAUCACUGAUUGGUAUGGCAGUAGUGAGGCCUUCACCUCUUAUGUGCGUGGGCCGUUGAAGAGAAAGAUGCUGGAACCGAUUUUGCAUACCCAGCUGCCGCUGCCCUACCUCCUUUUCUUGCUCACUCCCACCUUCAGCAUCAGCUUUGAGACCUUCUUGGCGCUUUGGAUGGGACGCGCACCGGUGGAAUCCUUGGUGGCAUGGGCAGUGGGCAUGAUGCUGGGCAACAACCUUUUGUGGCUCCCUUUGUUCAUGGUCCUGUGGAUCUACCUUUGUGACCAGUUUGCGCAGCCUCGCUGGCCCGGUCGAUGCUGGGAUGUGCUGCAAACGGGGGCUGUCAUGGCCGUGUGCUUCCUCUUUGCUGCCUUUGUGAGUCUUGGGAGCAACUUCUCGGUGGCCUAUGGCCCGGUAGCGGCCAUUUGUUGGGCAUCCUCGGGGUGGCAGCGGUGCUUGGUGUUCUUAUAACCAGGCCCUUGCGAUUCCGAAGAAGAAAGAAUGCAUUUCUGGUGAUGGAAGCGAAGGUUCCUGACACAGAGAUUGCAGAGAUGGAGUCGAAUGCAUGAGGGGAGCAAACCCAACAGAGCGUGCUUCGCCUCAACCUAGAGCCAGCAACCCUGACAGAGCUAAAUCUAAGUUUUGAGUCACCUAAAUCCUUGGUGUCCAGUUGUUGUUUGGCCUUGGCCGCAUUUUCCUGGGAGCGGCAAACUGUUUGAAACUGAUAAGUGUAGAGGGACUGAUUUGCUUUUGAAAGUGAAUAA